CGUGUAUAAAUGAGCUGCCUCACCCCGACAAGCUGCAUUUGAUCAUCUCGGUCCCACAGCUUGUGUGUUCACAUGGACUCUCCGUGUCCUCUCAGCUCAGGUCGGACUCACCUGUGGACUGAAUAUUCACGAGUCUGUCGCGCUCACUGACCAGGGUCCAGGAUGCUGGGAGCAGCUGUUUUAGUGUCCCUCAGGACCUUCAGGAUGUUCCUGUUGCUUUGCACCAACAGUCUGAUACUGAAGUCCUCUGGAGAGGAGUUAAUCUCUUCCCUUCAGCCAAUCACAGCCCUGAGGGGUGAUGAUGUCAUUCUGCCCUGUGGUCUUAAAAAUCCCACUGAUGUCAGUUCUAAGACGGUGGUGUGGACCAAACCCGGUCUGAACCCAGUGUUCGUCCAUGUUCACCAAAAUGGACGGCUGAUCCAUCAGGUUCAGCAUCCAUCUUAUCGGUACCGCACGACUCUGUUUGAGGACCAGCUGGUGAAUGGAAACGUCUCCCUGAAACUCUUCAGAGUGAAGAUCUCUGAUGCAGGAACAUACAUUUGUUCCAUUCAGUCGAUGGGGACGAGAGCUUCUGUUCAACUCAGUGUUGGUGCUGCCUCCUCACCUGUCAUUGGUUUAGCAAAGUUUGACGGAGACGGAGGACAUUGGGUGUUACGCUGUCAGUCCUCAGGCUGGCGUCCACAGCCUGAGCUGUCCUGGCUGGACUCUGAGGGACACGUCCUCCCUGCUGGACCCACAGAGACACUCAGAGGUCCUGGUGACCUCUAUAGUGUCAGCAGCACACUGACUGUGGACGAGAGAGACGGCAACAGGUUCACCUGCAGAGUCCAACAGAAGGACAUCAACCAAAUGAGAGAGACACACGUCCAACUCCCAGCUCAUCUCAACACCUCAUCUUGUUGGACUUGGCUGUGGGUCCUCGGUGGCGUUUCUGCUGUUCUUAUUCUACUCAUCAUUUACAUUCUCAUCAUGAAGAAACGGAUUCAUUACUGCAAAAGAGAGAAGAGGCCAGAGACCAGAGAGUUGGACCAGUAUAUAGUGAAGCAUUUUCUACCUAUCUAUCCAUCUAACAUGUGAUGUUAGAUAGAUAAGAGGCUGAGGCUGUGGUGGAGAGGAGGACGUUGAAUAAACUCAGGAGGCUGAGGCGUGCCGGACUGGGGAGCUCAGUCCUGACAUCCUUCUACAGAUGUGUGGUGGAGAGCGUCCUGUGCUCCUGCAUCACUGUGUGGCACGGCAGCUGCUCUGCAGCAGAGAAGAAG